GUAUAUAUACUUAUGUUGCAGUUUGUGUUUUCAUUUUAGUUCACAUAUUAGGAGUUACAGUGACACCACAUUUUUAGCCAAAUUAUCAAGGGUUAGGUGCAGCUUUUUGAUUUUGUAGAGAAACACUAUUGGUUCUGUAAUGGCUGAUGGCGAAGAUAUCGUAAUAUCUGGAGUAUCUGGACGCUUUCCAGAAUGUCACAAUAUAGACGAAUUUAAGGAAGCAUUGUUAAGUAAUAAAGUACUACUUACAGAAGAUGAAAGAAGAUUUCCACGAGCUUAUAAAGAUGUACCAUAUACGACUGGAAAAGUACCAGAUAUUGAGAAAUUUGACGCAACGUUUUUCGAAAUUCAUUCCACACAAGCCAACUUUAUGGAUCCUCGACAAAGGAUUCUAAUGGAGGUAGUCUAUGAAGCUAUUAUUGACGCAGGGUAUAACCCCAAGGAAUUAAGAGGAAGCAAUACAGGAGUCUUCAUCGCAGUAGCUAUGUUAAAUUCUAAGGCAUUACCAAAAGAUGCAAAUGAAUACUAUUAUAUAGUAAAUAAUCCCUAUCACACUGCUAACAGAAUAUCUUUCUAUUUUGACUUCAAAGGUCCUAGCUUCGCUAUGGAUUCAGCCUGCUCGGGUUCACUGUACGCAUUCUCCACAGCUUAUCAAAAACUAAAAGCAGGAGAAAUCGACAGUGCUAUCGUUGGAGGUACUAACAUAAAUUUUAAUGCGAGAGAAGCAGCUGAACUAAACCAAUUGGGUGUAUUAAUGAAAGAGGGCCCGUGCAAGAUUUUCGGAAAAGAUAGAGCAGGCUUCAAUAGAUCAGAAGCAGUUUGCGCUUACUUAUUGCAAAAAAAGAAAAAUAGUAGAAAAAUUUACGCAACCGUAUUGGGAGCAGGAGCCAAUAUUGAUGGUUACAAGAGCAAUGGUAUUACCCAUCCUUCUCACGAGAUACAGACUACUUUAAUCAAAGAUAUAUACAAGAAAAGCAAUAUCAAUCCUGAUGAUGUAGCUUAUUUUGAAAUGCAUGCAACUGGUACGGUUGUGGGUGACUUAGUAGAAUGCGAAUCCAUUGCUGACAUUUUUCGAGGAAAUCGGCCAAAACCAUUAUUAGUUGGAAGUGUAAAAUCUAAUGUGGGACACGCAGAAAGUGCAUCUGGUGUAACUUCCUUAGCCAAACUGAUAAUCGCAAUGCAAUCUGGAAUUAUACCAGCUACCAUAAACACAGAACCAGCCGAUCCAAAAAUCCUAGCAAUUGGAAAAGACACUUUUGAGAUGGUAAAAAAGAACACUGAGUAUAAAGAUGGACUAAUGGCAGCCAGCUCGUUCGGAAUUUGUGGAGCCAAUGCACAUGUUGUUUUAAAACCAUCACCUCUCGUGAAGCAUGUUACAAAGACUGAUGCGAAAUUCGAUCGUUUGGUUCAAGUUUCUGGAAGAACAGAAAAUGGGAUUAAUCGCAUUCUAGAUGAGAUUGAGCGAAAUGCGGAUGAUGAUGAGUUUCUAUCGCUUCUCGACGAAGUAUUCAAGCAAAAUGUAGAUGGGUUCGAGUACAGAGGCUAUGUGGUUUUAGGUAAAGACAAGCAACCUUUAAGAGAAUCAGCACAGUGCACAUCAACAAAGAGACCAAUUUGGUUUAUUUUUAGUGGAUUAGGUAGUCAAUGGACGGGGAUGGCAAGAGAUCUUAUGCAUAUUGAUGUAUUUAAAAACACAUUUAAUCGAUGUGCCACGGCUAUAGAACCGUAUGGAGUAGAUUUACAUAAGAUUAUAAUGGAUGAUACGCCAAAUUCUUUAAAAGAUAUUACAAACAUAUUUAGCUCUAUUAGUGCUGUCACUGUAGCCUUAGUAGAUGUAUUGACUUCAGUUGGUAUCAAACCAGAUUUUAUAGCUGGUCAUUCUAUGGGAGAAAUAGGAUGUGGAUAUGCUAACGGAGGAUUGACACCAGAACAAGCUGUGUUACUAGCCUACGCGAGGGGAUAUGCUACCCGUCAAACAACACUCCCUGCUGGUUUGAUGGCUGCUGUUGGAAUAUCACUAGAAAAAUUACAGGAUAUACUUCCGAAAGAUAUCUAUAUUGCUUGCAUUAACAAUUCAGACGGAAUUACAAUAUCAGGCCCAGAGAAGUCUAUAAGGGAGUUUGUAGAUACAUUAACUCAACAAGGAAUAUUUGCUAGAAUAGUAGAAACUGGCAAUAUUGCAUUUCAUUCUCCAUACUUAAGUGAUGCUCCUAAACAUCUACUGAAUUUUAUAAAAAAUCUUAUAAAAAAUCCAAAAAAGAGGGCUGAAAAUUGGAUAUCAACUUCAGUGCCUUCUGAAAAAUGUAACGAAACGUGGGCACAGUACGACUGCGCUGAAUAUCAUGUUAACAAUUAUCAAAAUACUGUUCAUUUUAAUUCCAUUUAUCAGCAUAUCCACAAAAACGCAAUUGUAGUUGAAAUAUCGCCUCAUGGAUUAUUAACGUCAGUUAUGAAGCGAGAGCUCAGAUCAGAAAAUACUCUGAUCAGAUUAAUGGACAGAACGGCUAAGGAUCAGACACAGCAUCUGCUAUCAGCAAUUGGAAAAAUAUUUAUGGCUGGAGGACAACCAGAUCUGAAAAGUCUUUACCCGAGACCUUCAUUUCCAUUAACCAGAGGAACAAAAUUUUUGUCUUCCAUAAUAGAAUGGGAUCACACUGCCAAAUGGGAUUGCCCAAAUCCAAGAAAACAAGAUUAUUUUGGAACACCAGUUUUAGUUAAUUUAUCAGAUCCAAAAUAUUCAUAUUUGGCUGAUCAUCUAAUAGACGGAAGAAGUAUUAUGCCAGCAGCAGGAUAUUUGGUAUUGCUGUGGACAGUUCUGGCAGAUAUGCAAAUGAUGGACAUUACUGAAAUUCCAGUGAUUUUUGAAAACAUAAAGCUUUUACGUGCGGUUGUCCUUACUGAAGAAAACAAUGUAGAGUUUGUAUUCAAUGUGAUGAGGAAAUCGGGCAAUUUUGAAAUAUAUGAAGGAGGAACUGUAGUAGUGACAGGAAAAAUUAGAACACCAACAGAUGUCUCAAGUGAAUUUAUUUAUAAGGAUUUCGAUAAGAUAAGACAUAAAAGUGACGCAGAAUUGGAGCUGGAAACUACAGAUGUCUAUAAAGAAUUUCUUAUGAGGAGGUACCACUACCGAAAUUUAUUCAAAAGCAUCUUAAAAUGUAACUUAGACGGUACCGCAGGAAAAGUUUCAUGGAAUGAAAACUUUACUAGUUUCAUAGAUUGUAUAAUGCAACUGAAAAUAUUAAAUUUUAAAGAUAGGUAUGCUUUGAACGUACCGGUGUCAAUUAAGAAACUAGUGAUAGAUCCAAAUAUUCAUUAUGAAGAUGUGAAAAAGAAUGAUAAUGCUGUAUACGUUCAUCAUGAUCAAUACUGUAAUAUUGUUCGAACUAAAGGCAUUGAAGUUAUGGGCAUUAAAUUCAGCACUGCGCCACGCCGGAAAAAUAUCCAACAAGGUGAAGAAUUCGAAAAUAUAGCAUUCGUCAAAUAUAUAUCUCCUGAAAAUAAGAAAUAUAACCUAGAUCAAUCUCUUGCAAUAGCCCUAAAUAUUGUUCUACAGAAUAUGUUUGGCUUUAUUAAGAACGUAAUUGUUAGAGAAUUAAAAACUGAAGACAGUAAAGUACCGAAUGAAAUUCAGGUUAAAACUGAAUUAUAUUAUUCUAAAAAAGUAUUUGUAGUUUCAGAGUAUUCAUCAAUAAAACCAAACAAUAUAGACAGUAAGAUAGAUUUACUGAUAUUGGAUUAUCGAAUGAUUGAAAAGUAUAGAGAAUAUUUUAGGACUUUAAAGGAAGACGCAUUUAUUUUAUGUAUUGGAAAUUUAGAAAAUACUAAGAUAAACGAAUUCGAGGUAAUUUUCCAAACAGCCAGUUUAUCCUUAUUACGGUUGAAACAAGAUCCAAUCACUUAUGAUGAGAUCAUCCAAAUUAGAGAAAAUGACUAUAAGUGGCUAGAGACAAUAAAAACAGUUUCAAAAUCCAUUACUUCAAAAAAUGUUUUAUUAUAUAGUGAAAAUGACUACAUGAAUGGGAUUGUUGGCCUUAAUUACUGCCUUAUGUCUGAGGACGACAUUAAAGUUGCCUUUAGGUCAGUUCUUGUUAACCAAAUAGCGCCACCUUUUUCUAUUGGAAAUAGUUAUUACACAAAUCAGUUAUCAAAGAACUUGGCAUUCAACAUCUUGCAAGAUAAUGAGUGGGGAACCUUUGUGCCCAUAGCAGCGGAGCCAGUAAAGCCAAGGGUUGUCGAGAAUGCAGGGCUCACUAUAUUUAAACCAGGAGAUUUAUCUACACUUGGAUGGACUGAAACAAGAAAAAGCCGUUCGAGGAUUGAUGAGGCCAAUAUCGUGGAUACGUGUUACUUUGCGGUAAACUAUAAGGAUGUUAUGAUUUCUUCUGGUAGACUAAAAUGUGAUAGUCAAUUCAUUGGAAUUGAAUAUUCUGGUAUAACAAAAACGGGAAAGAGAGUAAUGGGAUUACUAUUUGGAGGAUUUAAAUUCCAAGUGAAAAGUGAUCCCAUGUUUACGUGGACUAUACCCGAUUCCUGGACACUUAAGGAAGCAGCUACUGUACCAGUAACUUAUAUUACGUGUUACCUUGCAAUGAUCGUCAGGGGAAAAAUGGAGCAGAACCGUUCUAUAUUAAUCCACGCUGGGGCAGGAGGUGUUGGAAUAUCAGCAAUUAACAUAGCAUUAUCGUUAAAUUCAACAAUUUUUGUAACUGUAGGAUCUGAGAAGAAAAAGCAAUUUUUAAGAGAUUUAUUCCCCCAACUAAAGGGAGAGAACAUAGGAAAUUCGAGAGACACUUCUUUCUACAAUCUUGUAAAACAACGGACCAAUGGAAAAGGAGUGGACUUUGUGUUAAAUUCAUUAUCUGGAGAACUAUUCCAGAUGUCUGUAGAAUGUUUAGCAAAUGAAGGAUCAUUCCUGGAGAUUGGAAAAGUAGAUCUUCUUAUGGGAUCUUCUAUUGAUACAGGAAUUUAUUUAGAUAACUGCAGUUUCCACGGAGUAAUGGUAGACAAAUUGUAUAAUAGCACUGAACUUAAAAAACAAUUACACAAAUUAAUUCAAGACGGUAUCGAUGACGGAGUUGUUAAGCCACUUCCCCUAAAAAUAUUUGAAUUAGAAGAGAUUGAAUCUGCAUUUAGGUACUUAGCAAGUGGAAAAAACGAAGGAAAAGUCGUAGUUAAUAUGAGAAAAGAUGGAUCAUCAAAACCUAUAUCAGUUCCUGCAAUACCACAAAUCUUUUUCUAUCCCGAAAAAGUGUAUAUAAUUGUCGGAGGAUUGGGAGGAAUGGGAUUAGAAUUAGCGCAUUGGUUGUUUUCAAGAGGCGCUCGAAUAAUUAUUUUAAAUGGCAGAAGAAAUAUUUGGUCCAAGUAUCAAAAAUUGAGUAUGAAUAUAUGGGAAUCACUGAAAUAUAAAGCCAUCAUUGAUCUUUCUGAUACUACUACCAUGGCCGGAGCUGAGAACCUGUUAUUGGAGGCUCAGAAUUAUGGACCAGUUGGAGGUAUCUUCAAUGUAGCUCUUGUGCUACGUGAUGCUCCUGUCUACCAACAAACAACACAAAUGUUCGAAGACGUAUGCCGACCAAAAAUAUCAUCAAGUAAAAACAUGGACGUUUUAACCCGCAAAAUGUGCCCGCAACUAGAUCAUUUUGUUAUGUUUUCUUCAGUAGUGGCCAGUAGAGGUGUAAUGGGUCAAACAAAUUAUGGUUAUGCUAACUCAGCUCUCGAAAGACUUUGCGAACGAAGAAAGAGAGAUAAGCUACCUGGUUUAGCAAUCGAAUGGGGUCCAGUGGCAGAUGUAGGCGUACUUGUGACUGAAAAAUUCAAUACAAAGUCAUUCGGUAACUUACUCCAUCAAAAACCAGAAAGCUGCUGGAAAGCUUUAGAACAAUUUAUGAUUUUGGGUGCUGCAACUUGCAUGAGUUGCGUUUACAAAAAUAAUCAAGAGGAAGCUAAAAAAGAGAAAACGCCUAUUGAUAUAGUAGCCAAUAUUCUAGGAAUUGCUAAUAUAGAUACCGUCGACAAACAUAAGCCUUUUAACAAUUUUGGAGUGGACUCGCUGAUGGCCUCAGAAAUAAAACAAAUAUUAUAUCAAGAAUUUAAUAAGGUUAUUGAAGUAGAAGAUGUAAGAAAAUUAAAUUUCGAAAAGUUAUCUGAAUUUUUAGAUUCUGAGAAAAAAUAACACAAAAUUAGAAAAUCCAUAUUAAUAAACCUUCACACAUUUUGAUACUAAGGGCAUAUAAAAAAAAUAAACCGUUACGAAUAUA